AUGACUGUACGGACAAUUUGGACAUUUGUGAUGAUUGGUGGUUUUUUUGCAAUACUUGCAUUAGGCCAUAUAUGGGUGAUCUUGUUAGUGGAGAUUAUUCAAACUUUAGUUUACAAAGAAGUUAUUGCGAUCGCUCAUGUGCCAAGUAAAGAGAAAAAAUUGCCAUGGUUUAAAACAUUGAAUUGGUAUUUUCUAGUUAGUACAAAUUAUUUUCUUUAUGGUGAAUCGAUAAUUCAUUAUUUUAAGGAAGUUGUACUGGUAGAUGCAUUUUUACUUCCACUUGCAACACACCAUCGAUUCAUAUCAUUUGCUUUAUACUGUACAGGAUUUGUGUUUUUUGUUGCAAAUCUUAAAAAAGGUCAUUAUAAAUUUCAAUUCACCCAAUUUGCAUGGACACAUAUGACACUAUUGAUCGUUGUAUGCCAAAGUCAUUUUAUCGUUAAUAAUAUUUUUGAAGGAUUGAUUUGUCCUAAGAAGACAUGGGAAGGUUUUGUUGGAGCAUGGAUUUGUACUCUAAUAUUUGGCUCUUUUUGGGCUUCUUUGUUAAGACGUUGGGAAUAUAUGAUUUGUCCAGUUAAGGAGCUUGGUGCAACGGCAUUUUCUGGAACAUUAACUUGUGAUCCAAAUCCAGUUUUCAUUCCACAAAAUUAUGAUCUUAAUCCUUGGCUGGCUGCACUUUUCAGAAGAUUUGUUAAUGUGAGAUCUGUUUGGAUUGCGCCACUCGAAUGGCAUGUUGUUUUUAUGGCAUGUUUUGCAUCACUUAUUGCACCAUUUGGUGGAUUUUUUGCUAGUGGAGUUAAAAGAGCAUUCCAUUUGAAGGAUUUUGGUGAUUCAAUUCCUGGACAUGGCGGUUUAACUGAUCGUAUGGAUUGUCAAUUCUUGAUGGGAUUAUUUUCAUAUAUGUAUUAUCAAAGUUUCAUUAAGACAUCAACUGUUGAAGUGGGAACAGUUCUUCAAUCAGCAAUUAAUUCACUUAAACCAAAAGAACAACUUGAAUUAUUUUAUAGUUUACAACAAUAUCUGAUAGGUCAAAAUUUAUUAUCAGAUGAACCAGCUAUAUCAUCUACUAUAAUCUAA